AAGUGAUCAAGUUGCAUGUCCUUCGAGCAAAUAAAACAGCAUGCUCAGAGGAGGAGUGGUAAAGAACCAGACUAUAAGAAUACAGAACCACUGCAGGCUGGGCCAGACGAAAACCUUUUUCCUCUCCAGACGUCUUGUGAAAUCCUGAAUGUGAGCAGAGAGCAACAAGUAUCAAGAACAGCAGCAGACAUGAAGUUUCACGCUCUUGUCCUCCUUCUGGUCUUCACCUGCAUGUACCUGAGUCUGGCACAGGGCUCGUACGAGAACUGCUGCCUUGGCCAUGCUGCAAACAUUGGCAGACUUAUAAAGAAAAACAUCGUGAGUUACAGGAUGCAGGAAACAGAUGGUGAUUGCAACAUCAGAGCUGUUGUCUUUUCAGUGAAGCCGAAACGUAAACCGCAGUGGACCCUUUGUGCCAAUCCAGACCACCAGUGGGUGCAGAACUUUAUGAGAGUGGUGGAUUCCAAAAAGAGGGCCUAGACCACUAAAAGGAGAGAAACCAGAGAGGAGGCAAGAGGAGAAGCUGUUUCCCCUCCCUGCCAGGCAUCAUAACUCAUCUCCUGUCAGAUGGAUUGUAUUUCACGUGAUUUAAUAUUUCCUGUCGCUGACAGUGAAUCCAUGUAAGCA